CUUUACCUCUCUCUCCUCGCAAGUGGUGGAAACAUGGCGUUCCUCAAGGUUACUGUCUUCGUCGCUGUCACCGCAGUCCUUGCAACUGCUCUUCCUCAGUAUGAGGCUCCUGGUCCUGUGAUCGGACCCACAGGAGGAGGCGGAGGCGGAGGAGGAGGAGGAGGAGGAGGUGGAGGCGGUGGAGGUUACGGUGGGGACGGUUCCGAUGGAAGCGGUAUACCUGCAUCGUACUCCUUCUCCUACGACAACAGCGACUCGGCCUCCGGAAACUACUACGGCCACGCCGAGCAGCGCGAAGGAGAGCAGUCUGAGGGAGAGUACCGAGUCCUCCUCCCGGACGGCAGGACCCAGAUAGUCAAAUACAAAGUGGACGGGAAUGACGGCUACAGAGCCCGAGUCAGCUACGAGCAACCUGCCGGAGGGGUAGGCCCCAUCAUUAAUCCUGGUGGUGGCGGUGGCGGUGGCGGUGGUGGAGGCGGAGGCGGAGGCGGUGGCUAUCAGUAAAGGCGUCCAGCAACUGACAGCUCCCAACUGCUGCCUGGUGAGGAAUCGUUCAAGAGCAAACCGCCUUCAUCAGACAGCUAUCUUCAAUGAGACAGAAAUCAAGAGGUAGCACACAUACAUCAAGGAAUAUCGGGGCUGUCAGCUAAAUAUUUCCAUACCAGAUAAUUAUCUUCAGCAGGAAGCAUACUUUUAAUGUAACCAUAUUUUCAAUUGAACAGUAAUCAUAUAUUCGAUCAAUAAAACGUUCAGCAGACAAUAACAAUCUGCUUCAGAAGAGAUGACGACAGAAACAGAGAAAUCUCUAGGUAGGCAGUGCUCAUGGCCCACAUCUACGAGGGACAAACGAAAGAACUCAUCAAAAGACCGAGAGGAUUUCCAUGUCUUCACACGAUCACAAGCGAUGCCCUUGGAUAUUCUACUUCAGCCCCACAAGAAGUAGUAUUGCCAGAAGCUGCUAGAUUGAGGAGUAUAGACUUAAUUUCUUAGAAUAAUGAUGAAUGAUGUGAUUCUUCUGGUUCGUAUGCUUUGCAAAUCUAGACAAUUUAUAAUUAAGUUGCAAACUAAAGAAUGACUUGUUCAGAGAAAGUUUCUCUCUUCUUCAUAUAAGGAUGAAAUUGAACUACUGCCAACUGGCAGUGUGCAAUUAAUUCCAAGCUGAUGCUUAGUUACUGCUAUUCUCAUGUGGAAUGAGUCUUUCUUUUUUACUGCCAUUGUUGAAACUUAAACGUCUCGCUCCUGCAGCAUUCAAUGCCCUCGGUUCAUGCGCAUGUUAUCAUAUUUCCAUUUCAGUUUACCAGCUUUAGAUAAGUUUCUAUUUCACAAUCUGACCUGUAACGCUUCUGCUUAGUACGGACAAUAAAAACGCAUCUCA